AUGUCAAACCAAGCAUCACGAAACCUUUCCGGCAGUACCAUGCCCGGAGGCGAUAAAGCUGCGAAUGGCACACAUCGAUCAGAGAGCCUAUCCAAGGGGCCACCCCCGGCUCCGAACGUGCCGGGGAUAGCAUCGAAUGGGCUACACACCACAUCAAAAGACGCCGUCAAGCCACCGCCAGGCGGUGCUGGCCGCACCACCAUAGACGGUCCCCUCCUGGAGUCUAGUCUCACCACAGAAUAUGAAGACAUCCUCGAUGAUCUGGAAGAGAAUUCCGGCAUGGCCGUGAGCCUCACCAACAUCAUGCAUGCCAGGAUCGAAGAGCUCCUGAAGGGCCGCGCCCAGUCAGAGAAGAGCGUCGAUGAUCUAACAAAGAGACUGGCCGACAUGACCAAGAGUCGCGAUGAAAAGAAUGCCCAGCUCCUCAAGCUACAGAAGAGUGAUGCUGAGAUGAAGAGUAAGCUUGAGGAACGGGACAAGCAGCUGCAUAAACACAAGGCGGCGUAUGAGCGGGUGAAGAUUGUCAAUGACAGGCUGAGCAAGACCCUGGCCGCUCGGAAUAGUUACUUUGAGAGACCUAUGAAAGCCGGUAAGUGGAAUAAUUCAUCCCUAGUAUAA